GGGGAGGAAAGGAGAGCCGUCCUACACGCAAGGAGUAUGCAGAGUGCAAUUUUUCUGGCUCUCCAGCACAACUGCAACCAAAUGGAGAGAAGCGCCAGCCACUGCCACAGCAAAGAGGAGAAAAAGGGGAAGAUGAAAAAAACGCUCAUGAAAGAUUGGAAAUCAAGAUUGAGUUAUUUCCUGCAGAAUUCUUCUAGUUCUACCAAUGCAAAGGCCAGCAAGAAGGCACAGCAAAAGGCACAUUUCAGACCAUCUCCAGAGGAAGCCCAGCUCUGGUCGGAAGCGUUUGAUGAACUUCUGGCUAGCAAAUAUGGUCUGGCAGCUUUCAGGGCAUUCCUGAAAUCUGAGUUUUGUGAAGAGAACAUCGACUUCUGGCUGGCUUGUGAGGAAUUCAAGAAAAUCAAGUCCCCUCAAAAGCUGACUGCAAAGGCUAAGAAGAUUUACAGUGACUUUAUUGAAAAGGAAGCUCCCAAAGAGAUCAACAUAGACUUUCAAACCAAGAACACUAUUGCCCAGAGCCUCCAAGAGGUAACGCAUACUUGCUUCAGUGCAGCCCAGAAGAGAGUCUACAGUCUGAUGGAGAAUAACUCUUACCCACGGUUCCUGGACUCCGAAUUCUACCAGGAGUUGUGUAAAAAGUCCCCUAUUAGCAGGGAGCCUCAGGGGACCUGAACUCUCAAGUGCAGCAGGAAAGAAAAGAGAAACCAAAGAGCCAUUUUUGCUCAUAGAGGAGGAAGACAUUGCCUUUGCAAGACUUGGUGGACUCUGUAAACUGAAUGUACAGGAGAUGUGCUCAAAUGUAACUUUAAUUUUUCAGUGGAUGGACGUAUUGACUCUGGCAGUCUUCCAACUCUCCGGUAUUGAAGAGGAAAAACAAGCAAAACUGCUGGACAGUUGCUACGGAAAGUUGACUUUCCAUAUAAAAACGGCAUUGGGAAGGAAUGUGUUACGCAGUACCAAGAUGCUGUUGGUUGUCCAACUCCAUGUUAACCUGGAUGAGCUGACACUCGAAGUCAGAUAAGAUCAGCCUCCACUGUCAAAAGUAAACCAGCUCUAGAGUUGCUCUAUACAGAUAGAUCCCUUCUGGGACUUGGAAAAUGCUGUUGAGUAAUUAGCUGCCUUUCUAGUUUUUCUAAACAAUCUCUAAGCUGCCUUACGCAGGUUCUAUUCUCUACAGAUCAUGCAACUGUCCACAAACUGUAGCAGACUUCCAUAUACCCGGUGGACAGACUUUCUGACGUCCCUGCAUAAUUUGAUGCAGAUUGGUAAAGAGGAGAUUGGCUGCCUUAAAAAGCAAAGUAUACUGACCAGAUAAUUAGCUAGGGUCAAAAUUCUGCCUGAGCUGAGAUGCAGCUUGGAGCAGAAUUUGGCCUAGACUUCAAAUGACAGCUGAGUAUUGUGUCGGUGUGUGUGUGUAUAAAUAUAUGUAUAUAAACGUUGGUUGUGUUGUACACUCCUACAAAUGCUGAAAGUACUGACUUAAGAACAGACAAACUUCAGUGAAGUUGUCUUUUUGAACAGAUAAGUUUUAAUAAAUUAUUUUUAUUUUAAUAGAA